AUGACGGGCUAUGGCAUGUGCUUGGUGGGGCUGGAGCGGCUGGCUUACCUCCUCAUGGCUUACAGCCUGGGUGCCUCAGCCGCCUCACUCCUGGGCCUGCUGGGCCUGUGGCUGCCACGCCUGGUGCCCCUCGUGGCUGGGGCAGGGGUGCACCUGCUGCUCACCUUCAUCCUCUUUUUCUGGGCCCCUGUGCCUCGGGUCCUGCAACACAUCUGGAUCCUCUGUGUGGCAGCCGCCCUUUGGGGUGUGGGAAGCACCCUGAACAAUACUGGACCCAGCACACUCCUGGGAAUCUUGUACGAAGACAAGGAGAGACAGGACUUCAUCUUCACCAUCUACCACUGGUGGCAGGCUGUGGCCAUCUUCACCGUGUACCUGGGCUCGAGCCUGCACAUGAAGGCUAAGCUGGCGGUGCUGCUGGUGACGCUGGUGGCGGCCGCGGUCUCCUACCUGCGGAUGGAGCAGAAGCUGCGGCGGGGCGUGGCCCCGCCUCAGCCCCGCAUCCCGCGGCUCCAGCAGAAGGUGCCCGGUUACCGCUACUUGGAAGACAACUCGGACGAGAGCGACGCGGAGGGCGAGCAUGGGGACGGCGCGGAGGAGGAGGCGCCGCCCGCGGGGCCCAGGCCUGGCCCAAGCCCGCUGGACUCGGCCGCCGGCCCUGCCCGUACGAACAGGCGCAGGGGGGAGACGGGCCGGAGGAGCAGUGAGGGUCCGCCUGGUCCCCGGACUCAGCCUCCCUCCUCGCCCGCCUCAGUUUACCACGUCUUAGGUCGGGGGGACCCCCUCCGAGUCCCGCGCUGUCUUCAAAGGCCCCUGUCUCCCCUCCCCUAUGUUGGGGACGCCCCUCCCAGAGCCCGGGUCACCUCCGGGCUUCCGCAGCCCCCUCCAAGGCGGAGUGGAGCCUUGGGAAGCCCUCGGCCAAGCACAGGGGUUCGAAAAUACAGCUGAAACCCCGCGGGCCCCUAGCACGCGCCCCAGCCCCAGAGCAGGGUCAGGGUCUUCUUGCGACCCGGCCCCGCUCCAGAUCCCCCCAGCUGUCGGCCGCGGACCCGGGCCGCGUGUGAGCGCGCUUUGCACCUCCUAUCCCCAGGGUCCGCCGAGAGCCACGAUU